UUGCAGUAGAGUACUUGUAGGCUCGUACUUACACUUACAAUACUCACAAUCUCUGACUUAUAACUCAGAAUUCAGUUCUCACAAAGUGAUUUGCGUUAAACAGUCAAUGUAUUUAUCAAGUGUAAUUAAGUUCCGUUUGUAAAAUAACAUUUUAAUAAUUGCGAGCAUGUCGAAGACUCUAGUCGAAUUAAAUUUUUCACGAGUUAUGGACUUUGACCCCGAAUUAUUAUUUUAGUUUGAAAAAAAAUAUAGGAAAAAGUUUUUCAGAACAAAGUGUCAGAUAUUUUUUCAUUAGUGUUCGAGUACAAAAAAAAAUUACGAAGAAAAUAAAUCUGAUAGAAACUCAAACUCAAAUAAAUCAUCAACAGAGAGUUCAAGUUUUAUAAAUAAUAAACAUUCCAGUAAAUAUUUAGACAUGAAGGGUAAUAACAGAGAUUGGUUAUUCCGUGUCGAGGUACCGGGAUUAGAAAAAAGUGAUUUUGUAUAUGUAGUAGGAAAUUUACCAGAACUAGGAGCUUGGAAUCAUAACCAAGCAAUUCAACUUCAUCAAGAAAAUACCUCAAGUCCAUCACACCCGACACCUUUUGAAAAUGAUGACGGAUUUUUAAAUGACAGCGCGUCUGAUAAUUUAUUUUAUAAUAAUCAGCAAAAUGACAGAACUUUUUCAUUGAAAAUUUCCCUGCCAAUGGAUACAGAUAUCAAGUUCCGAUAUUUUAUUGCUGUUGUAUGUCAACCUAAUGGCACUAAAAAUUCAGCAAAGACAUUAAUUAUUCGUAAAUGGGAGACACAUAUGACACCAAGAGUUAUUAAAAAAGCCACGCCUAGUAAUUUUACCGAAGACAUGACACCAGAGCCAGAUAAAUUUGGGUACAAUAAUGGAUACUAUAAAGUAGAACGCGGAUGGCUGACAGAUGAAACAGUGAUGCAGUUUAAAUUAUUUAACAACCCGAUAAAAAUAUGGAAAAAUCGGUUACAGAAUAAAAAAUUGUAUAUUAAGAUGACGCCGGUAAAUCUAGUCAGACACAGCUCAUUGGAAUUGCAACAAUUUACUGGUGACUGUGUUGAUGAUAGUCUUUCGAUGGACACUCAGGAUAUUGUUGACCAGCCGGCUUUUAGUAUUACGGAAAUAACUGUAAUGAAUGAUGAAGAGGCAACUUAUAAAAAUCAAGAGCAAUUCGGUCGCGCGUAUGAAGAAGACGAAUUUCUAAUUUUCAAUGUCGCCGUCCGCUAUCCAGAAACAAUCGCUUAUUUAGUUGACUACUAUGUCUACGGCUCAAGAGUUUUUCCCGGGGACUCUCCGCCAGAUCAUAUUGGGUUCAGUUAUAUUUUGCCCAGCACUUUGCAAGCGAGUGUUGGUAUCCUGACCAUUCCUAUUACCAGCACAAAACAUCGGCCUAUUGGGCAAUUGACUGUCGAGUAUGUCACCAUAAAACCGAUACCUGAUUACCCCUGGGACAUGAGUAUUUCUUAUGCAAAACACUGGGAAGAAAGAUGGUCAGGCCUAGAUGUGGGACACCGUGGCCUCGGGACAUCAUUUAAAUGCGAAAUGAAAAACUGCGCGAAUGUCCGUGAAAAUACAAUCGCUUCGCUGAAAACGGCUUCUCACCACGGAGCGGACAUGGUAGAGUUCGAUGUCCAGCUGUCAAAAGACAUGAUCCCAGUAAUUUAUCACGAUUUCCACGUCUCGAUUUCAAUGAAGCGUAAAAAACAGAUCGACGCAAUGGACAUGCUGGAGAUCCCCGUGAAAGAUCUGACUUUGGAGCAGCUGCAUCUGCUCAAAGAUUUUUGUUAUCCGGAGGACUCGAUGGGUAAAGUGCUGUAUUUCUUUGAUAGAGAUGACCCGUGUAACCAAUUGGUCUAUCAUUUAGCGGAGGGUCGAGAAAAGAACCCGCGAUUUUUCGAUGAAGACCUCGAGGAGCACCAGCCGUUUCCGACUCUCCAGGCGGCUUUGCAAGAGCUCGAGACUCACGUCGGCUGCAACGUCGAGAUUAAAUGGACCAUGCAAUUAAAAGACGGAACAUUUGAGCUCAAUCACCCGUUCGACUUGAAUACGUACCUCGACAUCAUACUGAAGGUCGUUCUGGAGUACGGAGGCGCCAGGAAAAUUGUUUUCUCUUCGUUCAACCCGGACAUCUGUUCGAUGAUCCGACUCAAGCAGAAUAAGUACCCGGUGGUUUUUCUGACCCAAGGAGUCACCGUCAAAUACCCGACCUAUCACGACCCCCGGUGCCAGACGAUCCCCAUGGCCAUGAGACACGCGCUGGCCGCCGACAUUCUGGGGAUCAACGUCCAUACCGAAGACAUUCUGAGGGACCCGAGCCAAGUCAAGGCCGUCAAAGACCGCGGGCUUAUUAUCUUUUGCUGGGGAGAUGACAAUAAUGACAAGGCUACGAUUCAACAUCUUAAGAAACUGGGGCUUCAUGCUGUCAUUUAUGAUAAAAUCGAUGAGUACAAUCCGAAGGAAGUGAAGGAAAGCAUUUUUUUGGUCGAUGCCAGAGAGAACCAAAAAGAUUUGCUGGCACUUGCUUGCAACCAAAAUGGACAGCAGACUUCUGGACAACUAAAUAAUGGGGAAAAGGAUUUCCCAUUGGGUGGAGAGAAAAGUUUUAAAAUACCGGCUACCUCAUUACCUCCAUGCAACUCUGGAGACUUUUCCGUUCCCAUGAUCGCGGUGUCGAAAAAUCCAGAGCCCGAGGACACGGAAAUGGGCGACCUGGCCAAGGGUUUCAGCGAGUGCGCAAACAGUUUCGGGCACCCGGCAAAGAGCUUCAAGGCGCCCGACGUCAUCACCGAGCGUCAGUCCGUCAUUGAGCUGUCCGUCGACGACGACGCCAAAGACUGUCUCUGAUGUUUCUCCUUCAGAAUAAAAUCUCUUGGUCCGAGCUCCUGGUUUCGGACAAAGUCGUCUCUGCUACAUCGAACGCCGCGAUAAUUAUUGAUAAUUAUCUUUAUAAAUUUUUUUAAAGUCUCAUUAAAAUAAUUGCUUAUUGAUAAUAAAUAAAUUUAAACGGCAACGCGACUUAGUCAAAAAAAAUUCCGUAGAAAAAUUCGUAGAAAAGUACAAACUUUUUUUAUCGAAGGCUUUUUUUUAUUUUCAUGCUUGAGAUUUUUAAGGCAAUUAAUAAAUAAUGAAUUAAUAAAAAUUUUAAAUAUAUAUUUUUUUAAAUAAAAAUCUCGAGUAAAAUUUAAAAAAUUAUCCAGCAAAAUUAAAGAUUUGAUUAAUUUAAUUUUCCUUGCCUUCGUAGCUUCCAAUUGAGUUAUUUAAUUAAUUAAUUAUUAUUAAUGAUUAAAAAAAAUGAUAUGGUUGAAAAAAAAUUAAUUUCUAUUUAAUAAUUAAUUAGAUAAGUUGAUUGGUCGAAUUGGAUUGUUGGAAAAAUUUAUGAUAAUAAUAAUAAUAAUAAUAAUAAUAAUAAUAAUAAUAAUAAUAAUAAUAAUAAUAAUAAUAAUAAUAAUUUUUAUUCUAAUGAUAAUAAAUAAUAAAUAAUUAUUAUAAUAGUUUAUAGAUACUGAAAAUGUAUGAGUAGUAUAGACAACAGUAUCUGUAAUUAAAAGUAAUGAUUGUAUCAGUCGCGUGAAAUUUAAAAUAAUUAUGAUGAUAAUAAAAUAAUGAUAUUUAAAUAUAAUUAAUAAUUGUAAAGUGAAAGAGAGUUUUUUAAUUCUGAUUUCUUAUGAAGAAGAUGAAAAAAAAAGGAUUAAGAUUUAUAAAUUAUUUUAAACAAUACGUAAUGCUAUUUAUAAAAAAUGUUGGAAAAUCCAAAAGUGCACACCUCAAUCGCUCAAUUUAUUUUUAAUCAUUACUUUUAUUAUUAUAUAAUAUUAAUAUAUUUUUUUUUAUUAUGAACUUUUAUUCAACUUACAAAUUAUCAAUUUAAUUUUUUUAUUUUUAUUUCUUAUUUUCAGUUUAAUAUUUUUUUACUAACAUUUUUUUCUAAAUAUCCCGCCUUGUUUUGUCUUAAAUGUCGCUUUUUUUUUCAAACAUAUUGAUACGCUAGCGCUGCCACCAGUAGUUGAUAGAGAGAAACAAUGAAAAAAAUAAUAACAACAGUAAAAAUAGCAGCUAAAUUUUUCACGAAGAAUCAGUUUUCACGUUUUUUUAUUAAUUACACCAAAACAAAAAGGAUUCAGAUAGUAAUUUUUGAAAGGGUUCUUGUGAUCAGAAAUACACAGAUAAUAAAAAAAAAACUAAGUCGAUAAGUCUUGUUUUUCGAAAGUUAUCGUGUUUAGACGAGUCCGAACACCACAAUUGACGCACUGAGGGCUUCGGACUAAAUCAUUUUUUUUAAAUUAAUCACAUCAUUAAUCAAAUAAGGAUUGCAUUGAAAAAUGUUCCUUAAUAAAUUUCCUUUAAAAUGGUAUAUAUCAUUAACAACUUUGGUGUACUAUAAAGAAAGUAGAGAGGAUUUAAAGUCCGUAAAAGGGCCGAGAGUGAGAGAGUGACAGUAAAGCACACCUAACGCUUUCGCGAUUGAGGUGUGCAAUAAAGUUUUCGAUUGAUAAGAGAAAAAGAGUAUGUGGUUAUUAAUAAAAAUAUAUCGAUAAGUA